AUGCCCUCCACCGUCGACGAACAAAUUCAUCCUCACGCAUCCGGAGAUGCAGAAAAGACCGUCAAUGCCCAUUCGGCCCCACAAGAUCUCGUCCUCUACGCCGGUUGGUUUUGUCCCUUCGUCCAGCGCACGUGGCUCGCUCUGGAAGAGAAAGAACUUCUCUACGAGUAUCGAGAAGUAAACCCGUACAAGAAGGAGAAAGAGUUCCUCGAGAUCAACCCCCUCGGCCUCGUUCCUGCCCUCGUCUACCAGAACAAAGCGCUCUACGAGUCUUUGAUCAUCAACGAGUUUCUCGAGGAUGCAUUUCCCCAGGCUAAGCCUCUGCUACCCAAGGACGCUUUCGAACGUGCACGUGUCCGGCUGUGGAUCGAUCAUGUGUCCAAGAAAGUCAACGCCGCUUACUACCGCACGUUGCAAGCGCAGGAAGAGGAGAAGCAGAAAGAGGCUCUGGGGGAGCUAGUCGAAGCUCUACAGAAAUACCUCGAUCAAGUCAAAGGCCCCUGGUUCUCGGGUGAGGAGUUCUCCUUAGCCGACAUCACCAUUGCCCCUUGGAUCAAUCGUCUGUACAUUCUCAAAGAACACCGAGGAUUCAAAGAUGAACUUGUGGGUGGAAAGUGGAAGGAGUAUGAAAAGACGAUCAAAGAACGACCCAGUGUGCUCAAAACAACGUCCGAGCCCCAGUAUUACACGGAGAUUUAUCAGAGAUAUUUGCGAAAUGAAGCUCAGUCUGAAGUGGCCAAGGCAACACGAGCGGGAAAGGCCUUGCCCUAG